AGAAAACGGAAAGAGGGUGGCCCCAGCCCCGAGGCGCCCACCCGACGUGGAGGUCACGGCAGCUGUGGCUCUGGCCAGCCUCCCUCGCCUCGCCGCACUCCUUCCCCCGCGCCGGGGACACUUUUCACACUCGAUAGAAGUGAGGAGAUGUCGAGAUGUCACUGUGCCUCUUGGGAGAGAGAGAGAAAGGCUGCACAGCUCCUCAGCAUGGCGGCAGCAGUACGAGGAGCCGUGGUGGCGGGAAGUGUGUACGCGAUACAGACAAGAAACCUGGACGGGGAGAGGGAGACGCUGCGGUGCGGGCGGCUCACCCUGUCCCGCGGCCACCUGCACCUCCACUGCCUGGCCGAGGGACCCCCGCCGCCGGGCUCCAUCACUAUUGAGCACAAGGAGGCCCUCAAUGAACUGGUCGACCGGGAGGGCACGCUGGUGUUUCUAGACGUGGAGAACACCUCGCCACGCCUCAGGGGUCGCGUGUACAUCCGCCUCUGCCCAGACACAGGCCGCGGCAGGCAGUUCACGUGGCUGUGCACGGGGCAACGCGGGGUGAGCUACACCAACACCAGAGUCCUCGGCGUCCUUGACAAAGGGGAACCUAAGGAGAGGAUCAUCGCGGGGGACUACGAGGGAACUGACGGUGCAGGAGGUGCGUCUCUGAUUCCGUGGUUGGGUUGGGGGAGGGAGUACCGCAGGGAGUGGCGGGCGGGGGUGGUGCGGGGGUGGUGGGGCGGCAUACACAGGGCGGCGCAGUUCUUCAUCACGACUCAACAUGGGAAUCCAGGGGAGACUGUGCAUUUCGCCUUCGGGCAGGUGGAGCGUGGCCUGGAGGUGGUGCGGGAGGUGGCAGCCCUGCCCGAUCCCUCCCAGGCCAGGGUGGUGGACUGCGGCGUAGUGCUGGUGGAAGAGGUGGAGAGCGCGGCGGUGCUGGGCGAGGAAGAUGGAGUGUGAGGGAAGACUUCAUCUGUCUCCCCCGUGCUGUUACAUUGCUGUCAUCUCUCUCUCUCUCUCUCUCUCUCUCUCUCUCUCUCUCUCUCUCUCUCUCUCUCUCUCUCUCUCUCUCUCUCUCA